GUAUUUUCGAAAUUUACUCAAAUUCACAGAGAUUAGUGGUAACAUUUCACCAUAUGUCAUUUCUUUCUAUAGCCCUAGUCAAUUCUAGGAGCACACCCAUUUCCUCUCUACCGAUCUUUUUUCAGCUAAUGACUUGGAGAAAGGCUCCCUGGUUAUAGACUUCCUUUUUCUUUCCAAGGUGUAGUUAAAUCUCGUGCUGCAAUUCAAAACAAAACUUAUGAGUCUACUCUAGUCUAUAGUUAGUCUAUCCAUGUGGCCAAGCCUCGGCCUGUGUGUCACAGACACAGAGCUCAGAAAGAAACAGUAUUUUAUUGAUUUCUGUGAAACAUUAAGAAAAUUAUAAUCUGCCACAGCCCUAUUGUUUGGAAUAGGGGAUUGACUUGGAAAACUGGCUACUUUGGCGUAUCGUUUGUUUCAAUCUCCACAAGGAAUUUCGAGGAUUUCAGUGCCCUCUGCUGUCUCAAGAUAUUUCAUGUCCUAUACGCCCUAAAGCUGAUUGUUUAAAAUCUGCACAAGGCCUCCUGACUAUAAUAUAGCCUAUCUUGUAUCUUUCCUCAUGUAACCGUACUUAUGUGAAAUCUAGAUGUUAUCUUCCAGGACAGUUUGCAGAGAGUGAAGGAGAAAGCUAUGGGAUUGGCAUAGGAUGAUACUGGUGCAGGUGAUAUUGGGUUACAGAUAGCAUUCUCACUAUCAGUCUAUGGUCUGUCAGGAUGUGACUGAUUUCCAUCAAUUUAUGGUUCAGUGGUUUGAUUAUGAAUUAAGUUUUUUUGUAGCCAGAUGACAUGGGCUGGUCUUCUUGAUGGGAGAUCUAUAAUGUUGUUUUGUUGGAAUUCUAAUGUAGGGAGAUCAUUCGGAUUAUGGAUUAAGUUUUUGCAGAGAGACGACAUGGCUUGGUGAUCUUGAUGGGACAUCUCUUAUGCUGAUCAUAAGGAUUACAGAAUAAAUUUUUGUAGUGAGACGACAUGGGUUGGUGUCCUUGAUGGGAGAUCUCUAAUGCUGUUUUCUAGAGUUCUAAUAUAGGGAGAUCAUAAGGAUUAUGGAUUAAUUUUUUUGUAGUGAAAUCACAUGGGUUGGUGAUCUUGAUGGGAAAUCUCUAAUGAUUUUUCCUUGGAGUUCUAAUGUAGGGAGAUCAUAAGGACUAUGGAUUAGUUUUUCUAGUGGGAAGAUGUGGGUUUGUGUUCUUGAUGGGAGAUCUCUAAAGCUGUGAUCUUGCCAUAUGGAUGGAUUUGUAAUAUAGGGAGAAAAUAGUGUCAUAAGCAUUUGAUAUUUCUUGGGAUUUUCCUGGACUCAGAUGAUUCCACCAAUGAACUAUUUCACAGAUCGUGGACUUUUGAAGAAUUGGGAUUGCAUGAUAUCAAUGGGUUUUUCUGAUUCUUAUGGAAUCUUGAACUGUUGUAUGGGAAUAGUUCUCACAAUGAUGGCCAUGACUGCAUGGUUAUGUAUAAUCAGAAGUUGAAAGGAAGGAAUAGGGGAGAAUAUGGAGGUUGAGGGAGAAGAAAGUAGUUGUAGCAGUGGGCAAGUAUUUGGGACUACUAGUGGAUUGAACUCAGGCAGACGGAGUCUCUCAGAUGGGGAUGGAAAUGAUGUUUUGGCAAGGAGUUGUAGCACUAGUACUGUGGAAGGAAAUCAGGAGACCAGGAGCAGAGGCAGUGGGGCUGUAAGACAGUAUGUUCGUUCCAAAAUGCCUCGCCUUCGUUGGACUCCAGAGCUUCACCAUUCUUUUAUUCAUGCCGUUGAACGACUCGGUGGGCAAGACAGAGCAACACCUAAGCUAGUGCUACAGCUGAUGGACGUGAAAGGAUUGACUAUUUCCCAUGUUAAGAGCCACCUACAGAUGUAUAGGAGCAUGAAAAACGAUGAAAAUGGACAAGGAAUAGGGCAGUCGGAAAGGUUCAUGGAAGGCGCACAGGAAAGUAUUGCAGAUUGCUUCUCUCUUUCAAGAACAACCACGACAGCAAGGUUACGACACUACGAAAAUGAGAGAUUUAUGGUGAAUGAAAAUUAUGAAACUUCCCAUUACUGUAAUCUUCUUCCUCGGCACGCCUUACAAUCUUUUGAUCCUAGCAAUCCAACCAGGCAUAACGGGAGUCCUUGGGCGAGCCAUCGGGAUUGGCUUUUCAGGUCAUAUCAAAACCAAAUUGCCAAUAAUAACAUUUCAAGGCAUUUAUAUGGAUGGGCUACUUCUAGGCAUUUUGAUUGUAAUAAGACCAACCAAAAUCUACAUGCUUUGUCUUGUGGAAACCCCCAAGCAGAGCUCUCAAGUACUGCAGAUGACAAUAAUUGUUCUCUCCAAUGGGGUAAAAGCAAUGAACUUAUAGAAGUUGGGAGUGCGGGAAAACCAUAUAAAGAAGAUCAUAUUAUGCCUGGCUUCACUGGGCAUAUUGAUAACUGGCACGAGCAAAGGCCAAAUACCAGACAUAUAGAGGGUGGUUGGUUGGAUUCUAAUAGUAGUGCUCAAUUGUCCACGAUGGACUCAGAUGAUUUGUCCCACAUAAGACUGGGGGGCCCAUCCUGCAAUAAUUCCCAGAAGAAAUUUUGCCAAACCCUAGCCAAGGCCAGUGAAGCUCAUUCAAAUGCUUUAAAGAAAGGUCAACUGUCUUUGGAGCUCCAGCAGCUACAACCAAGACUACAAAUACAAGAAGAGGAGCAAACUAAGAUUUCUAAACAUCAGGAGCAGUCAAAUGACAAGCCAGAGAGAAAGAGGAAAUCUAGAGAAUCCACCAUUAAUGGAGGUGAUGAUGAGGAUGAAGAGGAAAUUGAUAGUAGAUUGUCUCUUUCAUUAUUCUCCAAACAUAAGAAGAAUGAGGGUACAAAGUUUCUCAACCAGACCGCCAUGAAAGAAGAAGGUGGUUGCAAGCCCAAACAGUUUUUGUUGCAGCAGCAAGCAGAUUGUGUUCCUACCUUAGAUCUGACAAUGUCACUUCGGGCAUUGUAAUGAGCACAAGCCAAAACAUAAGCCGGAAAAUUAUACAAAUAAGGUAAUCCUUUAGAACAUUUUGUGAUUAUGUUUCUCCUAUCUGUGGUUGUCUACAACUGAAUUAUUGCUUAAACUAAUAAAUAACUCUAAUGAUCUUAUUUAUACACAGUCAAACCAGCAGGUUUCUUUGUACACUUAGAAUUGACUUACAAUAAAUUUUCAGAUUUAAUUGCCCGUACUAUGCCUUGACUAGCAAUAUUUUGGCAUGCUUUCAUUUUGUUUUCGAACCACUAAUUUUGGCAGAAAAGUAUUGGUUUGAGAAAGCUGUAUAUUUGGAAAAGUAGAUCAAAUUUAUUGAAAUAUUAAUAAAUCGUACACAUGUUAGUGUCAAAUUUUAAUUUGAGGAUA